CAAAAAAUAAGAAACGUCUGAUGUGUGAGUGGAUUCAUUGUGCGGUACGUACGGGACGGAGGGCCAGGGGACCAUAUUCAGAGGACCAUUGCGUCGCAGGGAAGCAUACCGUUGACAGAAGCGCUGACCGGGUCUUAAAAUUGAGCCCCUUCAUAGUCGUAGAGAACCCGUAAACUAGGAGGAGUAGGUUGCAUUAGUGUGUAGAAACAUCGAGAGUGCUGUACAUGAGUUUGUACUGCAAUCGCAUGUGCGAACUAAACAUGCAUUGAAUCAUGAGCAAAUCAACAAAUGUAGCAAUACAUAGGGCUGGUUCCCUAUUCGGGUGUACACGCUCGCUACUCUAUGUUGUUCUGAUGGUGGGUUUACAACGUGUGGCACAGGCUGGGAAGCUGUAUAAUACUACUACUGCAGCAGGACCGAAUAAGGAACCACGGGUCACCGGGGAGGAGACGUCAGAUGUUUCUGGCGUCAGGUUGGAACUCAAUGUCAGCGGGCGUGUGCUAAAAAUAUGUCGUCAUUGCAAACGGGAUUUCUUCCGACCAGAAAUUGAAGACAAAAGACAAUCAAAGUGCAAUCGGUGUCGACCAUGCACUGAGUGUGCGUACGAGGAACAAGUCACCGCCCCUUGCACCCCCACCCAAGACACAAAGUGCACGCCCCUCUGUGGGGACGGCUUCUAUUUUAACAGAGUCACCCGAUCUUGCCAGAGAGACGUAGUCAUUAAACAUGAACUUUUUGUCGAAGAAUCUACGGAUGUGAUGACAUCAUUGAACUCUGAGAUGGUUCUUUCAACGGAUCGGAUCACCAUCACAGAACAUCCGUCGGGUCAUCUUAAAACAUUCGGGCGUGUGAACCAGCGAAGACAGGGCUCUUCAUCGAGGGUUGUGGACGCUGAGAGUGAGGAAUGGUCACCAGCGUACGUGACGUCAUUAUUUGCGAUAGGAGCUGCCGGGAUUGCGUUACUCAUUCUUCUGGUGGUUGUUUCUAUCCACGUUGCGUUACGAGUCAAGCAGUGGUGGAACUAUGAAACUGCUCUUGAGGACAGAGGCCCUUGCCACUGUACAAUGCUAUCGUGUUGCAUCAAACCUGUAAACAGCUCAAGCACUUCAAAUAUUAUGCAAGCCGACUACUCGACUAAUGAAAACCGAAACUUUACAACUCGACACCAACAAGGACGGAGACCACUAGUCGGUAUCAUAGUCACCAGAAUCAAAGCAACGGCAGAAUCGAGUACGACCACGGGAAUCGAUUCUAAUGAGUGUCAGGAAGGCAUCGUGGUGGACGAGCUUCAAAAGAAUCGAGUCACCGGAACCGCGUUAUCUCAACUCGACGAAAACGGAAUCGAAAACACAGCAAGAAAGUCAUGUGAUGCGGCAUCAUCGGAUCAAUUUGAAAACCCGCCAUUUUUAGGGGUCGAAACUGUCAUUUAGUAGACUGGUCCCCUGUCUUUAUAAAGAUCCGCAAGGAUAAAGACAGACUGGGUUUUAGAAGUAUCCAUCAGAAGGUAGUUCGCCUACGUACAGACGAUGCGUGUUUUUAUAAUACUGCCCUCUAUUGUCUGUUUUUUCUUAUUUAUUUUAUGGAAAACCAGAAUAUGUUGUAAUCAAGUGUAUAGCCUACCCAUCCCAACUUAUGAUGCCUCAUUACUAAAUCGUUCACUGAAUGCGUUUUUUUUAUGGCGAACAGAACCGCGGAUAUAAGCAACAGAGGGCGGUAUUUAUGUUAUUGUCUAUUACUCAGAUCCACAUCACUUACACAGCGCACGUCAACCAAAGACUAACGAUCAGUUUCUGUAUUGUAUUUUGUGAAGGAGUGAAAUGGUGAAAUAUUGGAAUAAACAGGGUGCAAUUUUACUUAAUGGAAGUAUUACUUAACAUUAUUAUUGUAUGUGUUUUCUUGUAUUGUAAAAAACGCCUUUGCUAUUACUGUGAUUUUACGCUUUUAAAAAUGUCAAGUGAUAGUGCAAGCAGGGUGGGCAUGCCUACCACAUCUAUGUCUAGAAUUACUGUCGAAUAACGAAUAGGGAACUGUGUUCACCAUACUUACUUAAGGACACUGGACACCAUUGGUAAUUGUCAAAGACCUGUCUUCUCACUUGGUGUAUCUCAACACACGCACAACAU